GACACCGCUGAUCUUUUAACAUGGAGGAUUGUCUUCAUACCUCAUCUGAGAAUCUGUCCAAAUUGGUCAGCUGGGCCCACAGCCAUGGGACCAUUUGCAGCCUCAUUCCAAACCUGAAACACCUGCUUUCUGAAGGUUCCCAUGGGAACCUGACGGCAAUGUGGGGCUGUAGUGCUGGCCAUGCUUACCACUGGCCCCUAACAGCUACUUGCAGAGCUGGGUCCCAAGAGAGAGUGUGUUUCCAGGAUAAUAGAAGUUUUAACUCUGAUAGUCCCAGUAUAAUCGGGGUGCCUUCUGAGACACAGACUAGCCCUGUGGAAAGGUACCCUGGGAGACCAGUAAAAGCAAAGCUAGACUGUAACCGAACCAGAGACUCCUGCGACUUCUCUUACUGCAGUGAGCCUUCUGAACUGGAUGAGGCCGUUGAAGAAUAUGAGGAUGAAAACACCCUCUUUGACAUGGUUUGUGAGUCUUCUGUUACUGAUGAGGACAGUGACUUUGAACCCCAAACCCAAAGGCCUCAAAGCAUUACACGCAAAAGGCCUGGAGUGGUGCCAUCUUCCCUCCAUUCAAGCUCUCAAGCGCAGAUGAUGGAUGAAUGCAGCAAUGAUGUCAUCAUCAAGAAAAUCAAACAAGAAAUUCCAGAAGACUAUUACAUUGUGGCAAAUGCAGAGCUGACUGGAGGAGUAGAUGGACCAGCUCUGUCAUUGACACAGAUGGCAAAACCCAAGACUCAGGCUCAUGCUGGUCCAUCCUGUGUUGGGUCUGCUAAGCUUGUUUCUCAUGUCACAUCUGCCAUCAGCACGGAGCUGGACCCACAUGGUAUGUCUGCAUCCCCCUCUGUGAUCUCCAGACCAAUCGUCCAGAAGACUGCGAGGGUGUCUCUGGCUUCACCAAACAGAGGACCCCCUGGUGCACAUGGCACCAGUCAGCAGGUAGCCAUGCAGAUGCCUGUGAGCACAUCCCAUCCUAACAAGCAGAUCAGCAUCCCUUUGUCUGCCCUGCAACUUCCUGGACAAGAUGAACAAAUUGCUUCGGAAGAGUUCCUGCCCCAUCUGCCCAGCCAGGUCUCUUCCUGUGAGGUGGCCCUUUCUCCUUCAGUCAACACAGAGCCAGAAGUGAGCUCCAGCCAACAGCAGCCCCAGGUCGCACCAACCAUAACCACUGAGGCCACAGCACAGUGCAUACCAGACCAGGAUGAAAGAGCAGCGGAGCUCAGCAGGGAGCAGAACGAGAAAACCAUCCGGAGCACGCAGACCGCGCUCCGCAAUUUCCCUUAUUCUACUAAGCUGAACAAAUUUCCUGUAUUUAAUAUUAAUGAUGACUUGAAUGAUCUGUGUACCAGUGCAGUAAGCCCCAAUACCACCAAAGCCACGCGGUACGCCCUCAAUGUGUGGCGAUACUGGUGUAUGACCAACGGGCUCAAAGACCACACGGACAUCACCAAGAUCCCGGCAGUGAAGCUGAACGAGCUGCUGGAGAACUUCUAUGUCACCGUCAAGAAGAGCGACGGCUCGGACUUCCUGGCCACGUCGCUGCAUGCCAUCCGCCGGGGCCUCGACCGCAUCCUCAAGAACGCAGGCGUGGGCUUCUCCAUCACCAGCAGCACCUUCAGUUCUUCCACCAAGAAGCUCAAGGAGAAGCUGUGGGUGCUGAGCAAGGCAGGCAUGUCCGGUGCCCGUUCUCGCAAUAUCGUCUACUUCUCCCUUUCUGAUGAGGAGGAGAUGUGGCAGGCCGGGUGUCUGGGGGAUGACAGCCCCAUCACUCUGCUGUCCACUGUGGUCAAGUACAACAGCCAAUACCUGAACAUGCGGACGCUGCAGGAGCACGCGGAUCUGAUGUAUGGCGACAUCGAGCUGCUCAAAGACCCCCAGAACCAGCCCUACUUUGCCCGCACGGACAGUGUGAAGCGCGAGAGCCGGAGCAGCUCCACGAGGGUGUGCCACGGGAAAAUCUACCACGAGCACUCCAGGGGACACAAACAGUGCCCGUACUGCCUCCUCUACAAGUACAUGUACAUCCACCGGCCGCCCACCCAGAUGGAGGCCAAGUCCCCUUUCUACCUGACCGCCCGGAAGGAGGCCAGCGACAUGGGCAGCGUGUGGUACGAGGAGCAGAGGAUGGGACUGAGGUCUCUUCGGGGAAUUGUCCCAAACCUGGCCAAGAAGGUCAAGCUGGAAAACUGUGAGAAUUUUACCUUCGUCUCCUUCACUCAGGUCUCCAGGAGACUGGGUUCCCACAGCUGCUGCCAGUGAGGCCUCCCUGGGGCCAGCCCUGGGCCCUGCCACCUUCCCCGGGGCCGCGUCACCCUUGUGCAGGGCGGUGGAGUGCUCAUGGGCCUCCGAGUAGGGUCUGGAGUAAUUCUGAAGUUUUUAUCUAAAUGUGGGUCAACUUUAUGUUACUUUUCUCAGAGUGCCUUUUUAGCACAGGUUUUCUCAAAAAAAAAAAAAAAAGAAAGAAAAGUAAGAGGAGAUACUGUUUAAGUAGUCGUUAAGACGGACAAACACACACAUACUUCAAAAUCCCAGUAGCCUCGUAGCUUUAGAAUGUGCUGAAGACUGUAUGCUUGGCUGACGACCCGACCAGGAAGCCAACGGCAGUGGGCACUGCUCACUUCUGUUUCCAGGAGAAAUGGCAUCACCCGUUCCUUCUUCACCUUUGAUUGGUGGCGCGUCUGGAAGAAGCCUGGAGCUCCGUGCAGCAGCCUGAGCAGGCGGCUGGGUCAGGACGAUUGUUCUGGAACAAGACGAAGGCCU